AUGUCUGCCUCCCAACGUAAAGUGGCGGCCAAAAAAACAGUCUCGAAAAAGCUCGACAUGGAUUCAUCCUUGUCGGGGGUGUCCUCGGCGGUUUCAGCGUUGGCAUGCAUCGCCCCACCUACAACACACGUGAAGGCAUCCCGAACGCUCCGUGAAAAGGUCCUCACGAAAACAGUAAGAGCCAAGGACCCAGAGAAGCAUACGCAGCCCUCCGGCUCGGCUGAACCAGCAUUGCUUACUGAAACCAAGGCAUCAGGAAGUAACACCGCGGAGCGGGAGGGGCAGGUGCCGCCCACAUCAUCUAGGGAUAGCGACGUUACAGCCUGCACGGCUGAACCCGGGCGGGGGGAAGUGUGCGGCGAGGGGGAGCCGGCCGUCUCGGAAGCGUCGGUCGUUACCCCAAACGACCAGACGCUGCAGAAAAUAUAUAACUGGCAGCAGGAUGACCUCUCUCCCAUGCCUGUCAUCUCCGACGACGAGUCGGUCGUUUCCCUGCCGGCUUCGCCUGUCCUCGGGGACAAAAGGAGACAAAGCAUGCUCCUGACCUCCGGGAGGCGGCUCGGAGUGGAAAUGGACGCGGCCACAAAAGAGGCCAACGAGGCGCUCCUUAGGGGAAAGGAGGCCCUGGAGUCGUCGGGCAACAUUAGGAGGGACUGCAAACAGACAGCGCUGGAGAGUCUCCAAACGCUCUACGAGAUUGCCCUGGCGCUGUCGGACUCCAGGUCCAGACAUAAGGAGAACCUGGAGAAGGAACGGUCGAGGCACGCCAGGGAGCUCGUGAGGGCUGAGAGGGCUCACAGUAAAGAGAUGGCCGAGCUGUUUAAAAACGUUGCCACAGAACUAGGCCAGGCGCGCGGUGAAAUCGUUGAAACCCUGAAGGAGUCCAGGGCAACGCGGGACUGGCUGGGCUGCGAGACUCGGGAGCCCUUCGAGCAAAUUGGCCAGCUCAGCCGAGCGCUCGCGGACCUCGGGAAAAAGCAGGAAUACUUGGCCGACUGCCUUGCUCGGCACAAGGAGGACCCAGCUGGCAGCAACAACAAAGAGUUCUCAGACAUAAAGACCGCCCUGAGAACGCUGUCAUCUCAAUUAGAUGCACUACGCAGGGACUCCGAGAAGGCCGAAAGGGAGCACUUAAAAGCCAAGGAAGCUUUUCGCGAGAUCCUCUCUGCCGUCGGCUCACAACAAAACGACCACGGCAUGGCCGGCGUGGUGGGAGAGCUCGCGAACAUUAGAUCAGAGAUCGUUGAGCUCUUUAACUUCUGUCGGGAGAAUCGGGCGACCGUGAGCCCUGCUCCUCCGGAGACGCAGGAGGGCACGAGGGAGGCGAUCGAGCCCCUAAGGGAGAGGCUAGACAUCGUCGUGGCGGAGUUACGGGGACUGAAGGAG